ACACACACACACUCACACACUCACACACACACACACACACACACACACACACACACACACACACACUCAGUCUCCUGGCUGUCUUGAUGCUUUUCCGUUGAGGUGAAUUCGGGGCUGGGGUGCCGGGACAGACGGGCAAACAGGUAGGAUCAAUACUACGUCAUAUUAACCAGAGAACCAAACCAGUCGUUGUUGAGUUCAUUCUCAGGUUGCAGCUCCGUGAUUCUGCUGAAAGAAUUAGACAUCUCAGAAAAGGUCCAGCAUGUUUCUGUUUGUGUCACGAAUGCUUCAUCGGGAUUUCGCUCCAUCCACAGUGAAUCUUUCCUGGUUUGGAUCUGGUUCCUAUGGUCCUGUCAUUUCUUUUUAUUUGUGUCGUUUGUGUUUCGCUGCUGUAUUCUCGUGCUCCUCACCAGCCUGAUUCUCCCUCCACGCCUGUCUUGCAUCUGUUUUUUCUCUGGCCUAUCAGCAACUUCCCUGUUCCCGGUGUUAAUCCACUCAUUCCACUCACCUGUGUUUCUCCACCUGCACUUCAUCCCCUUGUUUGUUUGGUCUGUAUUCAAGUCCAGUCUUUACGUCAGUCUUUGUCGAGUCAUCUGUUUGAGUCUUUAUUUGAUCUCAGUGUGACGCUGGUUCCAGCUUCCUCAUGCAGAACGUCUCUAAUCAGCUCUUACACCUGUUUCCUGGUCCAGUGAACGUUGAAGGCCUCGGAUCGUUGGUCCAGAGCACAGUCACAGAACCCUGCUGGAAGUUUCAAGUCAUCAAGCCAGUUUGUGUUUGAGUCACAAUCAUGAACUUUGUCCUGACUUGAACUCUGUUUUUGGACAGUUCUUCUCCAUCCUGAAUCUGCACCUAUUACUCAACCCUAAUUUUGGACCACUAGAUCGUUGGACUUGCUGAUAUGACGUCCGCCACUGAUCCCUUCAUGGUCCUGAAGAAGAAACCCGGGCGGGCGAGUCACUGAUGUUACAGGAUGAGGUGGCGAUUGGUUGUACUGACUUUUGUCUUACUGUCAGACUGGCGUUACAUCGCGGCCUCAGAUGAACACCCAGACUUUGGACACGAUGAGGACGUCCACCCCAACACUCUCACAGAAACAAACGGGGAUGUACUGGACUUGGACAUCCAAACAAGCCAGGAGGUACCGGACACAUACACUGAGACAAACUGGGACAUCAACAAGGACAACUAUGAGGACGCUGACUGGCAUCCCCCUUCCUCCCUCCUGGAAACACACUCCGACUUGCUCCCAGACGCCCCGCCGGUGGUGCGCAUCAUCAACCCUGGUGCUGACAGCGCCAACCGGACCAGUCCAUCGGCACAGUGCGGCGAGUACAGCAGCAGGCUGACGUCUAACGGCCAGUGCCGGCUGAUAGCGACGCUGCCUCCUGUGCAGGUGGGAAGGUCGCAGAAACGCUGCCCGGAUAUGUUCCGCUGCACGGACGACAUCUCAGACUGGCUCCACGAGAACCAGAACAGAAAGGAGCAGCUGGACGAGCUGAGGGAGACGAUGCUGGAGCUGCAGGAGGAGCUGAGGAACCACCGGCAUCGGGUCAAGGCCCUGGAGAUGCAGGGUGAAGAAGGUGUCAGUCUAAACUUGACCUUUGACCAGCGGUUGCGUUCUCUGGAGUUGCGUCACGCCGAGGCCGACACUCUGCUCCACGUGCACUCGGCGCUGCUGCACGAGCUGCAGGCGCAGAUCCGCAACCUGUCGGCCGUCAUGCAGCGCAUGAGCCGCAACACGGGCUGCACGAUCAACGUCAUCAGAACGACGCCGCUGCUCGGCAUGAGAGACAUGAUGCCUCCAGAUGGACAGUUCAUGUCCUCCUGUCAGUCAGACUGUGCCACUCUGCAUCACAGCGGUGUUCGUCGCUCUGGUGUUUACAACAUCGUCCUGACUCCUGGCACCACCCUGCCUGUCUACUGCGACAUGGAGACCGAGGGUGGGGGUUGGACGGUGUUCCAGCGGCGGCGCGACGGCUCUGUGAGUUUUAACCGCGGCUGGUCGGAGUACCGCGGCGGCUUCGGAGAGCCACGAGGAGAACACUGGCUGGGCAACCAACCGCUCCACCUGCUGUCCAACCACGGCCACUACAGCCUCCGCAUCGACCUGCAGGACUGGAGCCACGCCCACAGACACGCCCUGUACCACACCUUCAGGAUAGAGAACGAGGAGAACCGGUACCGCCUCCACGUGUCUGGUUUCAGUGGAACGGUGGAGGAUUCGUUCGGCUGGUACCACGACCGGCAUGUCUUCAGCACACCGGACACCGGAAACAUCUGUGCCGAGAUCAGCCACGCCGGCUGGUGGUUCCAUCAGUGUUUCCAUGCCAACCUCAACGGCAUCUACUACAAGGGGGGGCGCUACUCUUUAAGAGCCCAGAACUUGCUUGGGCCGGACGGCAUCGUGUGGUUCUCCUGGAAGGACUCAGACUUCUACUCUCUGAAGGCGGUCACCAUGAUGAUACGGCCUCGCAACUUCAGGCCACGCUUCUCACCGUAGUGAUGAUGGUUCGCCUCUAACGACCGCAAUCUGCCUCGAGCAGCUGCCAGAACUAAAAUCUGUAUUAAUCCGCUGCUGGAAAUAGUCCCCAAUAAGUGCAUUAUUUCCUACCUGCAUGAUUACGUAUGCAGAAAGCUGUUUUUUUAUUAUUAUUAUUAAUGAAAUUUCUGAGCUUUUUUACAAAUAAAAAUGUAUUUG